UAUGGGGUAAUCAGAAUACCCUCAAAAUAGGAAGUAAUUGGAAAAUCCUCUCGCUCUCGCUCUCGCUCCCGAUCUCGCUCCCGAUCUCACUCUCGCUCUCUUGCUCUCGCUCGCGAUCUCACAGUCUCUGCAAUCUCGUUCUCUGCAAAUCCCGAUCUCACCCUCUCUGCAAUCUCGCUCUCCUGAUCUCACUCUCUCUGCAAAUCCCGAUCUCACUCUCUCUGCAAUCUCGCUCUCUCGUUCUUGCUCUCCCGAUUCAUGGAGUUUCUUCCCCCUUGAUUCAGUUGAAUUGUUGGAGCUGCUGGAACAACAAGUUAUAUAUACAAUUAGGAGAUACUGGAGCUGUGUGAAUCCAAUUGAGCAGGCUACUGCUAUAAGAGGAUACACUAGCAACUCUGCUAUAAGAGGAUACACAGUUGGUAAGAACAAGAAAUGUCCCAACGAUUGAAGCAGUGGCAAUGUUUUUGCACAUCCUUGCUCACAACCUAAAGUACAGAGUAGUGCACUUUACCUAUUAUAGAUCCAAAGAAACAAUAAGUAGGCAAUUCAACAAUGUCCUACGAGCUGUGAUGAAAGUGAGUGGGGAAUAUUUGAAGUUUCAAGACCAUAAUAAUCUAGAGGGCUCUGAGGCAUACAAAUGGAGAUGGUUUCAGAAUUCGAUUGGAGCACUUGAUGGGACACAUAUUCCAGUAACAGUGGCAGCAGAAGAUAAACCUAGAUACCGUAAUAGAAAGGGUGACAUCUCUACGAAUGUGUUAGGGGUUUGUGGUCCAGAUUUAAAGUUUAUUUACGUGUUACCUGGUUGGGAAGGCUCGGCAGGAGAUUCACGAGUAUUGCGAGAUGCUUUACGUCGUCAAAACCACCUUCAAAUUCCGAAUGGUAAAUACUUUCUGGUCGACGCAGGAUAUACAAAUGGCCCAGGAUAUACAAGUAAUGUUGCAAAUGAGGUCACAACUAUUCAAGUAUCUUAGGCAUGGACAACGUUUCGGGACACUUUAGCAAUGGAUAUGUUUGUUGAAUAUCAACAUAGGAGAAACUUAGUUUAGGGACAACAUGUUAUCAGUUGUCUUUGCUUUCUACCUUGUUUGUUGUGUCUGUUAUCUGUUUUUCCAUUUCUUAUGUUGUUUCUUGUUUAUUUCUGUAGUUGCUUUGUUCUGUUGUGUGUGUUGGCUCACUUGGAAGAGCCUUGUUUCCAAGCUUUUUAUCCUAUUAAUAUUAAUUGAAUGAUUGAUCAGAA